AUGGCCUUUUCACUAUUGAAUUUGGGAUCAAUACAAGAAAUAAUUAAAUUAUUUGCAGAUCCUGAUGUUUACCAUUUUUAUCAUCAUCUCUUGUUUCGCACAAUUAUUAUACAAUCAAUAAUAAAAGAUACAAAACCAGAAGAAGAAGACGAAGCAGGAAUUGAAGAAGAAAAAGCAAUUAAGGCUAUUGAUCGUGAACCAACAUCAAUUACUGAUACAAAAAAUCCACUCACAGCUGAAAGUCAUGAUGAAAUAAAAGAUAUGAGUGAAAAUGAUGAUGAAAUGAUGGAAACAAGUGAUACGAAUGAAGGUAAAACAACAGCUACAUUUGAUGAAGAAGAAAAAUUCAAUGAAACUUUGAUCUUAGUAUCAAAUAAUCCAUUGUAUUGUUUUCCACAUAUUGUAUGGAAUAUUAAAAUUGGUAUUAAUGGUUUCGGACGUAUUGAUCGUCUUAUUUUUCGAUGUGCAAUUCAACAACGUAUUCAAGUAGUUGGCAUUAAUGGUUAG